CUACGGCCGAGUUUGAUGUUCAAGAAAGUAUUGCCACAAAGGCUGGCCUUCUUGCAGAAAAAUACGCAACAGAUUGCUCCUGGUAUGUGGACGUUGUUUUGCUUCUAGUUGAAAAAGGUGGAGCCCUUGUUCCGGAUGAUGUCUGGCGAGGGUUGAUUCAAUGCGUUGCAGAACAUGACGAUAUACAAGUCUACGCCGCCACCAAAGCUCGGGAGUACAUCAGCAAACCGAUGGUUCACGAGACCAUGCUUAAAAUUGCUGGGAGUCUUCUUGGAGACAACAGCCAUUUACUUGCGCGAAAACCUGGCUACACUCCCAAGGAGAUCUUUUGGGCCCUUCACGAUAAGUUUUCAAAUUACGCCAACCAAGAUGGUGCUGCUGUCUGCCUAUAUCAAAUUGUUACUGCAUACACAGCCUGCAGAUGAAGAGCUCCGGAAGGAAAUUUUUCCUCUUUUUGAAAAGUAUGGGGAGCACCUUGAAGCAGACUUGCAACAACGUGCUAUGGGAUUUUUCUCUUUAAGCCAGCAGGAUCAGAAUAUUUCUAAUGAAGAACCAAAGCGACAGGAAGCUCCGGUAAAAAGCUCAAGGGAUUCUCUCCCUGGAACUUCAACAGCUAGAGCACCUGAAGUAGAUCUUCUUGGGGACUUAGUGGCUCCUCGGCAAAACGACCCAUUUCAAACGGGAAUUACAAAGGAUCCAUUCUCUUCAAUGCUCGCUCCUGCUGUUCAGCCAACUGGAAACCUCAUCGAAUGGUUUAACGCCUUGUGUUACAAGGAUACUGGAAUCUUGUAUGAAGAUCCAUACGUUCAGAUUGGGAUUAAAGCGCAAUAUCAAGGUCCUCGUGGCGAGAUAAAUUUCUAUCUUGGUAAUAAGCAAAGCGAGACUUUGACAUCAGUCCGAGCCAUUAUCCUACCUCAGCCACAUCUUAGAGUUGAAUUUCCGGGAGCUCCUCCAAGCAUACAAGCUGCUGAACAGAUACAAGUGCUUCUUAAAGUGGCAUGCUUGUAUGCUGGGAGAAUUGCUCCACUUCUCGACUUUUCUUAUAUGGUUUCUGGCAUGACAGUGUCUGUCAAAUUGCGGAUUCCAAUUGUAAUCAGCAAGUUUUUGCAACCAGCCACUCUCUCUGCAAACGAUUUUUUUUCUGCCUGGAGAGCUCUUGUUACAGCUCCAAACAAGCUUCAAGAAGUGAUUCGUGGACUGCAGUAUUCUACUGUCUCGGAGUUUUCUGACAAGCUAAACGGACUUCGCAUAGGCGUGGCUACUGGACUGUUAUCUUCCAGGAACCCAAUCCCAAUAACCUCGUUGCAGCCUCGAGUUUUCAUUCAGAAACUGGUGGUGCUUUGCUGUGCAUGGUACGCAUCGAAACAGAUCCGGCUGAUAAGACGCAGUUACGCUUGACAGUCGCGUCGCCGAAUUCACGCUUAGCACUAGAACUCAAGGAGUUUCUCAAAGAGCAAUUGCCUGUGACUUUGCCAACGUCUACUCCUCCUGUUCAAACAGCUAUGGUUCCAGUCCCACCCGUUUUACAGCCAGUUCUGCAGCCAGUU